CCACACACAGUUUCGGUUUUUUUUUCUUUAGGCUUAUUUUCGGCAUUGUUAACCAAAAUUUGAUGAAUAAUAGGAAAAAUAAACCAAUAUGCUGCGAUUGUUGCGUCAAAAGUAUCGUGUGUUCGUGGAAAAUGGCAUAAAGCCCUGCUUGGAUUCCUUGAUGGAUUCCUGCAGCCAGCUAAAGGCCAACUGGUCCAGGACCCAGGACUUGAAACCCGUCUGCCAUCCCGGACCUGGUGGAGGAGGGGCACUCAAUAUCUCCAGUGUGCUGCGCCAGCAGAUGCGCAGCUACAGCAAGAACGUCGAUCCAAGUGGCUCCGAUGACAACUGCGGUGCACCGAAGGAGUGUCAAACCACUGCGAAGGAGGGAUCUAAGUCAUGCGGUCCUGCGCACUUCAAGGGUAACAUCUGCGACAUGGUCAAAGGCAGGAAGCCCAAGAAGGAGGAGGAGAAGAAAGAGUCCAAGGCGAAGAAAGCGAAGGCCAAAAAGUUUACAUCGAUGUGGGACAUCCCCGGCUGCGAGUAUGAGCCAAUGUGCGACGUGCCGGUCCGUCUGGAUAUCGCCCACUAUCGCAUCACGGACAAACAGGCUCGCGCAUACCAGGUCACAUGGACCGAGUGCCCCAGACUGGUGAUCAAGCCGAAGAAGGUGUGCAUCCAUCAGAAGCAUCCUCGACCCAAGCCCUGCCGUCGCAAGCGCAAGAGCCAGGCGGCCACCGCCCGACCCAAGGUGCCCAUGGUUAACCCCAUGAAGUGCAAGGAGCCGCAGGCGGCCGGGAGCUGCCCACGUUGGACACUGCCCUGCUGCAAGCCAGGGCGGUUCCCGCCCAGCUGCGCCCUCACGCGCCGCGUUACCAAGUGCACGAAGCGUCGGGCGCCAUAUCCCAGCUUUUCCGAGUGCAAGAAGGAAGAGCUCACCGUGGCACCACCCACCGAGUGCAGAUGCCUGGCCACACCCAUGGCCUGCGAGGUGUGGGCCGAAAUCCGGCGACGAAUUGCCCGGGGCAAGUCCGCAAUGCUCAAGUGCGGUGAGGCAUAGGCGGCGGCGACGGAGCAUUCAGAGGAGCUAGGCAGCUGGUCCAACUAUCCCACAUCACAUCUAAAUUCGGAACAAAAUGUUCAGGCCUCUCAAAAUUCUAGUGCCGAGAUUCAAAAUGCAACUUCCAUUCGUUGUCCGCUCGAAGACCGGCACCUCCAAGUCUACUUCAACUUCAAACUGCAAGUCAAAGGGCAAGGAUAAGCCGCAGCCCAGUUGCAAGCGGACCUCCCGGAAGAAGAACUGCUCCAAGAGGCCGGCGCCGUCUCCGAGCUACUCGGAGUGCCGACGAGAGCCCACGGUGCCCAAGCCACCCACAGAGUGCGAUUGCGGAGAUUUCGACAAUUGCUAAACACUGAUCAGAGGAUGACGUACACUAAAGCCCCCUUUAUCAAGAUAUUGGCUAAUAUAAAUACAUAGACUAAUCCGUUGGUGGCACCUGUA